AUGAAUUUCUCGGAAAAAGGACUGGAUAGCUUAUUCAAGGAAGAAUGGAUGUCGAAACUGGAGGAGAGCACGUACAUACAAAAAAUGUCAAUGAACAAUCUAAUCAUGAACUAUCUAAUAACAGAAGGGUUCAAGGAAGCUGCCGAGAAGUUCCAGCAGGAGUCGGGAGUAGGUCCGACUGUAGAACUGAGCUCUCUGGAUGACAGGAUCCGUAUUAAAGACGCCAUACAUAGCGGUCGUAUUCAGGAAGCGACAGACUUGGUGAAUCAGUUGCAUCCUGAAUUAUUGGAUAACGACAGAUAUCUCUACUUUCACCUGCAACAGUUGCACCUGAUCGAACUGAUACGCACAGGCAGAGUCGAGGAGGCGCUUCAGUUUGCCCAGGAUCAACUCAGUGAAGCUGGCGAAUCAGAUGAUAAUAUAUUGUGCGAGUUGGAACGUACAUUGGCACUAUUGGCUUUCGAUGAACCACAUAAGAGCCCGUUCAGCGAUCUUUUACAUCCCACACACAGGCAGAAAAUUGCAAGUGAAUUGAAUGCAGCUAUAUUGAAAAUGGAACAUAGGGAAUCUACCAGCCCCCGUCUCAAUAAUCUGGUGAAGAUGAUAUUGUGGGCUCAAGAGGAAUUAGAUAAGAAAAAAGUAAAAUAUCCCAAGAUGACCGAUAUAGGUAGUGCCACAAUUGAAGAAACAAAAUAAUUUUACAGUAGACAGACUGAGCAUUUCUCGGUUUUAUUUGUGAAUGCGAUAAUGAAUGUCUUAAAUUGACCUUUAGAUGUAAUUU